UCCGGCUCUCAUUGGCUGCCGAACGCCUUGAGGGAGCGUAGAAAGUAGCAGCGAGGCCCCGCCCCCGUACAGGAACCAAUCCUGAGCAGCCGAGGGGACGAACCCCGGAAGCGAGGUUUGCGGUGGCGAUUUUCCCCUCUAUAAGACCUUGAUGAAUAAAUAAAGCAGACAUAAUUCAUCUCUAAAAAGAUUAUUUAUACUCUGACAUUAGAAAUGCUUUGUAUUUAGAAUAGUAAUUAAAAAAUGGAAAAAGAGAAAGUAAAUGAUGAUGGACAACCAGACCCAGAGAAUUCCUUGGACUUUUCUGAACACUUUAACCAACUCGAAUUGUUGGAAACACAUGGACACCUUAUUCCCACUGGUACUGAAAGUCUCUGGGUAGGGAAUUCUGAUGAAGAUGAGGAACAAGAUGAAAAACCUGAAGAGUGGUAUCAGUUGCAAGAAAAAAAAAUGGAAAAAGAUCCAAGCAAAUUGCUUCUUUGGGCUGCGGAAAAUAAUCGGCUGACUACAGUGCGGAGACUACUUUCUGAAAAGGUCACUCAUGUGAACACUAGAGAUGAAGAUGAAUAUACCCCUCUUCAUCGAGCAGCCUACAGUGGACACUUAGAUGUUGUCCGUGAGCUGAUUGCACAAGGAGCAGAUGUUCAUGCAGUGACUGUGGAUGGUUGGACACCUCUACACAGUGCUUGUAAGUGGAAUCAUACUAGAGUAGCUUCUUUCUUACUUCAACAUGACGCAGAUAUCAAUGCCCAAACAAAAGGCCUCUUGACCCCCUUACAUCUUGCUGCUGGGAACAGAGACAGCAAAGAUACCCUAGAGCUCCUCCUGAUGAACCGCUACAUCAAACCAGAUCUGAAAAACAACUUGGAAGAAACUGCGCUUGACAUCGCCAGGAGGUCAAGUAUCUAUCACUACCUCUUUGAAAUUGUGGAAGGCUGCACAAAUUCUUCACCUCAGUCUUAAAGGUUCUAAUCAUUUUUUCAAGUUUCUAAGUACCAGUGCCUCCUUUGUGUGAGAUGUGAAAAAUCCUCGUAAUAUAAAAUUGAUGUCUAAAGUCUUACAACAGAAAUUCAGUGGUACUCAUGAUAUCCUUCCAAGUGAAUUGCCUGACCUUGAUGUCAAAAUCUAUUUGAAAGUUGUUUGUAUAUAUCUUUAAUGAUUUCUGCAGAGUGUGUGAUUUUUUUAUCAGAAAUAAUUUUAACUAUACUUAAAAACUUAUCACGGGUUAUAGAGAAAACUGAUAUUUUUGGUGCUGAUCCAAGAAAAAUGUAUUUUUAAAUAUUCCCCAUCCUGGAUCUUUGUUGAGUAUUUAGUGUACUGACAUAUUUUUGUAAGGUAAGAUAACUCAGAAUUUAAAAGUCUUCAAUAUACUGGUGCAGUCAGCUGUCUUCUCUGUGUUAAGAUAGCCAUUUGCUUUCAUUUUAAACUGUAAGAACUAACAUAUUAUAGUGACUUGAAUAUUCAUAAGUUAAAAAACAUCAAUAAACUAGAUCUUUGUCUUGUAGAACCUAAACCAUUUUCAGGAAAGUAGCUAACUUUCCUGUUUAGUUUGUGUUUAGUCCAUGAAUGUUAUAUACUGCCUCCCCUACCACAAUUCCCACAAUCCUGUGGAUAGUCCUACCUCACCCUGGUCCACCAACAUAAUCCUUAUUCUACUGGUGAGUCAGCAUGACCUUUUAAAGAUGCACGCAACUGUACCUUGGUCCCAGAGAUCAUAAUACAUCUGCUGUACAGCUCCCUAAUCCUCCUGAUUUGGGCACUGCUCAUAAAGUCUUCAAGUUCACAGGAAGUGUUGGUUUUCCAGGGUCCUCAUUUUACAUAAACCAUAAAAAGGCAAAGUGACAAGGGAGAAGGAAUUCUAAGAGUGAGGAGAUGUUUAUUAUAUUAGGGCUAGAACCACAAAAGCUCAGGCUUUUUUAAAAAUCAACAGUAGAUAGUGACAAAAGCAUAACUACAAAUAUCAAAAAAAUAAAAGUUUCGAACAAUGAAAAAAAGGCAUGAAUUUUUUUUUUACCUGUAUGUAUUUUCUUUGCAUCCAUAGUAUAUUUAUUCAUUCAGCAUACAUUUAUUUAUCAUCUAUUCUCUCAGUCUCUCCGGCAGUGGUUUUCUAUUGACUAGUUCCUCUGUGACUAUUCCCAAAGAGUUUUCUCUUCUCAGCACCAGAACUAUAUCAUAUUAGAAAAGGAGAACCAAACCAGUGGCUCUUUUCUUCAGUUAUAUUUUUAAAAUGUCCACCAAGGUUUGUCUCUUUUGAACCAGCCCUUGUGACCCAAUUACCCUAGACUAAGGAAUGUUAUUUCAUCAAAUAUGUGUGGAGAUUUUUAGGUUAGAACAAAAUCGGAUCAUCUCAGAAAGGUUAUAGAUGAUAUAUGCACUGAAUCAUUGUGACAAACAGGAUCUCAAGAGUUAGGAGAGCUUCAUUUAUUUUUGAUCUCCGUCUAGAAGAUGCCUGGGUUUCAGAGUAUCAAUAUAUGAUACAAGGCUUUUGGCAGAAAGUGAGAGGUUGCUUUCUGUUUCACCUGGCCCAAUUUAGUGAUACGAAAUGAAAGGUACAGCUGAUAGACAGUGAUGGUAGAAUAGGACCCCAUCUACCCCAGUAGACUGCUGAACAAGGCUGCCUAGUUAUCUGAAAGUCACAGAGCCCAUGGCUCCUUUCUUAAUUGGUAAUGAGUUGCAUCCAUGAUUUUAUGUAAGCCUUCCACUUAAGUAUGAAGCCAAAGGAGCCACCUUAUUUCUGAUCAGGAACUGAGAUGUGAUUACUCUCUUAUUUUCAGGCCUCAACACUCAACCGGUGCAUGGAAAUCCCUUCCAUCCCUGAGGGCAGAAUUUAUAUUGUUUGCUUCUUUUAUACUUUCCUUAGUAUUUAUUAAACUUCUCUACAGAAGGCAUUGACUAAUCAUACUUUUGACUAUAUUACUUAUCUGUACUUUCUUGUUUGCUUAAGAAGGCAAAAUAGCUCAGUUUUGCAAACAAAAUUUUCUCUAAUCUUAGAGUUUAUUCACAGACUUCUUAAAAAAUAAAAUCUAUGUUUUUCACAA